GUCAUAAAUAUAAUCCUUAAAUAAACCAAACCAAAACAUACAUCUGUAUGUGUGUGUCUGUAACCGCAUUGCCAUUCCCAAAUCGGCGCCAUCUUCUUCUUCCUCCUCUCUCAAUCUUUACGUGAAUGUUCUUAUCCCUCCUGUUCAUCAAUCCAACGCCAAAGAACCGUCGAGAAUCGGUUUCAAUUGGGUCGUAAUCGUGUUCUCAUCAUCCCCACAAACCCCAACAUCAAAGGUGGGGUGCACACAAUUCAGAUUCAAUAAUGAUCCACAAUCGGCUGCCGCCGACCCCGACAGCGACGAAGCACAAGGCCGACGACAAGCCGUUUCAAUUCAUCUCCAUCGUCGGGAAAUCCCUCAUCCUCCUGUUCAUCCUGUCCUUCAUCUCAAUCGGCCUCUACACCGCCUUCUACGACCCCAAGAGCGGCGGAAUCACCCCCACCGCCGCCUUGCACCGCCUCCACUCCUCCAUCGCCCGCAACAACGCCGCCGCCGCCGACCACCGCCGUCGGGACCCUAAUAACAACUCCCCGACCAACCUCUCCCACCUUCUCUUCGCCCUCAGCGGCUCCAACGACACGUGGGACGACCGCAGCAAGUCCAAUUCCGUCUGGUGGUCCCCCAACCGAACCCGGGGCUUCGUCUGGCUGGAGGACGUCCAACGACCCGACUCCUCACCCGCCCCGAACUCCGCCCCGACCCGGGUCUCCUCGCCCGAAUGGACCCGGUUCGGGUUCUCCAGCUCCCGACCCGCCGUCCGGAUCGCGCGGACGAUCACCGAUAGCUUCGGCCUCAAACUGCCAGGUGUACGGUGGUUCGUGAUGGGCGACGACGACACCGUCUUCUUCCCGGAGAAUCUGGUCUCCCUGCUGGCUAACUACGACCACAACGAGAUGUGGUACAUCGGCGGGAACUCCGAAAGCGUGGAGCAGGCCGUGAUGCACUCCUACGAGAUGGCGUUCGGCGGCGGCGGGUUCGCCAUCAGCUACCCUCUCGCCGAGCUCCUGGUGGAGAAUCUGGACCGUUGCCUCGAGCGCUUCCACUAUUUCUACGGCUCUGAUCAGAGGAUCUGGGCCUGUAUCACCGAGUUAGGUGUGGGCCUCACCCCUCACCGUGGAUUUCACCAGAUGGACAUCAGAGGGAGUGCAUAUGGGCUACUGGCAGCGCACCCAAUGGCGCCAUUGAUCUCCCUGCACCAUCUCGGCGCAAUGGACCCACUCUUCCCCGGUCAGGACCACUUGGCCUCGGUGAGGACACUCUACCGGGCGUAUAAGGCAGACCCUGCUAGGAUACUGCAGCCAUCCUACGGCUACGACCACCACCUCAACUGGUCGGUCUCCAUCUCGUGGGGCUACACCGUCCAGCUCUACCCGAACCUGGUGGCUGUCCACGACCUGCAGGUACCGCUGCAGACGUUCAAGACGUGGAGGACUUUCAGCGAGGGUCCGUUCACGUUCAACACGAGGCCCACGGGGCCUGACCCGUGCUCCAUCCCAAUCGUGUUCAUGCUCGACAAGGUGCAGAGCAUCGGGACGUGGGGGACAUUGACGGUUUACAAGAGGAUGGAGCCGGCGGUGAAAUGUAGGAGACCCAACUUCAUUCGGGCUAUGUCGGUGCACAGAGUGGUCAUCUCGUCUGUCGUAAUGGAGCCCGAUUACUGGUCUAAGGCGCCAAGAAGGCAAUGCAGUGAUCUUGUGAAUGGUGGUGGAAGAAUGAGGGGUGAGACUCUGCAGAUAAGGGUUAGAAGGUGUGGGGAUAGGGAAAUUGUUAGCACUGUAGAGUAGACUAGAGGCGGCAAGCUGAGUUCUUUCGUGGGCAAAUGGUUGUUCGGAAAGAACAGAUGAAGCGACGAAAGGAGAGUAGGGUGAAUAUAUAGUAGAAAAAUUAUUAAUAAGAGGUGCUCAAAUGUGUAGAAUUAUGUUGGAAACACGUUUUCUAAGGAAAACGAGUUUCUAUAUUAUCAUUAUUAUUAGGUUUUAUUAAAUAUGGUUAGUAGUCUUCUAGUAGAAUUAGGUUUAUUCUUAGGGUUUUCUAGUAUUUCCCUAUAUAUAUGUACUUUGGGUCAUUCGUCAGAUUAAGCAGAAAUUAAUAAGAAAAGUCAUCUCCCCAAAUCCCUAAUCUUCUCUCAAUCUCGUCUAUCUUUCUCUCUAAAGGUUUCGGCCAUUCUAUCUCUAUUCUUCCCCAAAUUCUCUUCUCAAAUUCCUAAAUCCCCAAUUCUGUUCUAUAAACCCUAAAUUCCCAAUCUCUAGAUCUGAUCAGGAGACCCGUAGGAAAGUUGUUUCCUACAAAUUAUAGCAAACCAAUUGUGCUCCAGAUUCAUGGAAUGUGGAAACAGUAGCAGUAUAACUAUUCACCCAGUUUCCUCCCCUGAAAUUGUUACUGGACAGACAGGUGCUCAAUGACUGAUGGCUGAUAUUGGAAAGGUGGAAAGGCAAGCUUUUUCUUGCAUCUUUAAAA